AUGGAUGUCAAAUCUGUCCUAGAGAACACUUUCUCACCAGAUGCGUCCAUUCGCGGAAGUGCCGAAGAACAACUGAGACAAGCCCGCGAGGGUAACUUCUCUGACUAUCUCUCCAUUCUUUCUCACGAACUCGCCAACGAUCAAGCCAGUGCCUCCAUUCGGCAAGCUGCUGGCCUUGCCCUCAAAAAUUCCUUCACCUACCGUGACAUCACCCGAUUACGAGAGGUCCAGGCUCGAUGGCUACAAGGCGUCGAUCCUUCGAUCAAGAGACAGGUCAAAGACCUCGCAGUCAAAACUCUCAACUCGACCCCUCAAGCCGCCAACUCUGCCGCACAAUUGGUCGCUACCAUCGCUGCCAUUGAACUCCCACGCAAUGAGUGGCCUGAACUGCUCCCCGCUCUCGUCCACAACGUCGGUUCUGGUGAAGACAAACUCAAACAGUCCAGUUUGACCACCAUCGGUUUCAUCUGCGAAUCUGAAGAUGUUGAACUUCGCGAGUCUCUUGUUGGCUACUCCAAUGCCAUCCUGACCGCCGUGGUCCAGGGCGCAAGACGAGAGGAGACAAAUCAAGAUGUCCGACUCUCCGCUCUGUCUGCCUUGUCCGAUGCCACUGAAUUUAUUAGAAGUAACUUCGAGAACGAGGGUGAGAGAAAUUAUAUCAUGCAAGUCGUCUGUGAGGCCACACAGUCCGAGGACACGAGGGUUCAAGCCGCAGCCUUUGGUUGUCUGAAUCGCAUAAUGGGUAUCUAUUACGACAAGAUGAGAUUCUACAUGGAAAAGGCCUUGUUUGGCUUGACCAUUGCAGGCAUGAAGAGUGAUGAAGAAGAUGUUGCAAAAUUGGCCAUUGAAUUUUGGUGCACUGUCUGCGAAGAGGAAAUCAGCAUUGAGGACGACAACCAACAAGCACAGCAAGAGGGCUCCACCGAGCUGCGACCUUACUUCCAUUUCGCCCGUGUCGCCGCGCGAGAAGUGGUUCCGGUUCUCCUGCAACUGAUGACCAAGGUGUCAGAAGAUGACGCCGAGGACGAGUACAACACCGCUCGUGCAGCCUAUCAAUGUCUUCAGCUCUACGCUCAGACCAUUGGUAACGACAUGGUUCCUGCGGUACUCCAGUUUGUUGAAACCAACCUGCGCAGCGAUGACUGGACCAAGCGAGACGCAGCCGUCUCUUCUUUUGGUGCCAUCAUGGAUGGCCCAGAUAUCAAAACCUUGGAUCCUCUUGUCAAGCAAGCACUUCCCGUCUUGAUCGGAAUGAUGCAAGAUCCUGUCGCCCCAGUUCAGGAUUCAGCCGCCUUCGCCCUCAGCAGAAUUUGCGAUUACUGCUCAGACUGCAUUGAUCCUUCAACCCAUCUUCAGCCUUUGAUGUCGGCACUGUUCAAUGGCUUGAUGAGCAACCCCAAGAUUGCCUCUUCCUGCUGCUUGGCUCUUCUCAACCUCACCGAACGCUUUGUUGGAGAAGAAGGUGGUGCGAGCAACCAAUUGACUCCACACUUCCAAGAUAGCAUCACUUCACUUCUCACAGUCACGGAGAAAGAAGGCGCGAACAAUCAACUACGAACUGCGGCAUACGAAGUUCUCGGCGGAUUUGUCACAAACGCUGCUCACGACAGUCUACAGGUUGUGGCUGAGCUAUCAAACGUGAUCAUCCAGCGUUUGGAAUCAACCAUUCCCAUGCAGAAGCAGAUCGUCAGCAUCGAUGACAAGAUCACUUUGGAGGAAUUGCAAGUCAGUCUUAGUAGCGUGCUGUUAGCUAUCGUCCAGAGAUUGGAACAGAACAUUGCUCCUCAAGCAGAUCGAGUCAUGCAGGUCUGCCUGGAAAUCCUCACUGUCACCGCCAACACCAGUGUUCCAGAGGUCAUCUUCCAGAUUGUCAGUGGCUUAGCCAAUGCCUUGGCCGGGGAUUUCCUGAAGUACAUGGACUCGUUUGUGCCCUUCCUUUACAACGCUUUGGGUAACCAAGAUGUUCCUGAUAUGUGCUCGCUGGCUAUUGGUCUUGUCAGUGACAUUGUCCGUGCACUGGAGGACAAGUCUCAACCUUACUGUGAUGCUUUCAUGAACUAUCUGCUCAACAAUCUACGAUCAGACAAGUUGACAAAUCAAUUGAAACCCCCGAUCCUGGAGACCUUCGGCGACGUCGCUACAAGCAUUGGCGUUCACUUCGAGAAAUACGCCGAGGUGGUGGCUCAAGUUCUCCGACAGGCAAGCACCGUAUCGGUGGCCAAUGAUGUCUCCUUUGAUAUGCUUGAUUACAUCGUCUCCCUACGUUCUGGAAUUGCGGAUGCCUGGUCUGGAAUGAUAUUGGCUUUCAAGGGAACUGACAAAGUCUCAAUCUUGCAGGCAUCCAUCCAGCCAAUCCUCGAGUUUUUGGAGACAGUGUCGCGCGACAUGAACCACAAUGAAGGUCUUCUUCGAGCUUGUAUGGGUAUCAUUGCUGAUCUUAGUGAAUCUUUCCCCAAUGGAGCAUUAGCAAACUAUUAUCAGCAAGACUGGAUCACCAAACUCAUCAAGGAAACCCGCACUACGCGCGAUUUCUCCCCUCGCACCAUCACUGCCGCACGUUGGGCUAGAGAACAAGUCAAGCGACAGACACAGCAUCAAGGUAAUAUCAUGAAUUCAUCAUGA